AUGAACUUGGGACGCCAUUCAAUAUCGUCCACAAACCCCGUCAACGUCCUCGAUGCCAGAUUUGACCCAGAGUGUAACAUCUUCACGGCCACGACACAAGCUGGCUUCGCCGUCUAUCGCACCCAUCCUCUGCAGUUGAUCCGGAAACGCGAGCUGACUGGCGGCACGCUAUCAACGGCUCUACCAUUACAUUCGUCGAACAUUCUAUUCUUACUCGGUGGCGGUCCCAGUCCUCUUUAUCCUCCGAACAAAGUUAUCUUGUGGAACGAUGCACUGGGGAAGGAGAUCGCGGAACUGGAGUUCAGGGAGAGAGUGAGGGGUCUGGCGUGUAGGCGGGGGUGGCUGGCUGUAUCCCUGCGACGACGAGUGGUUGCAUUUCAGAUCGGGGAUACCAUUUUACGAUAUGGAGAAUGGGAUACAGGGGACAACCCACGAGGACUCCUGGCAUUGGCUACAGCCCCGUACUCGACCUUGUUGGCGAUUGCCGGACGACAGAUUGGCCAUGUCCAGUUAAUCCACCUCCCGCCAUGUCCGCUACCUGCCAUGACCGGUCCACCUUCAUCGUCGCCUCCUCGGAAACCCCCGCCUCCUCCUUCGAAGCAUCCAGUAUCCAUAAUAGCUGCUCACGCUACAGCCCUUACAACACUGUCGAUUCCGGCUUCGGGCCGAUUACUUGCAACAACAUCGACUCGAGGGACGUUGGUGCGAAUAUGGGAUUCUGUUACCGGGAAGCUUGUUAGGGAAUUUCGCAGGGGUACUGAUAAGGCGGACAUCUAUGGCGUAGCUUUCCGGCCGGACGAGCAAGAGCUCUGUGUCUGGAGUGACAAAGGCACUGUGCACGUCUUCACCUUAUUAGUUUCCGGGUCCACAAACCGACAAUCCACGUUCUCCCCUCUGACACCGUUCUUGCCACUUCCAAAGUAUUUCGAGUCCGAAUGGUCGUAUGCGCAGUACAGGAUACCCGUACAGUCCGCCCACAUAUCCCUCUCGUCGACAUCUCGAUCGUCGGCUGCCGAUCUUCCCGACGAAGAGCGCUGCGUGGUGGGUUGGAUACAAGGGCCUGCUGAGGAUCCUUCGCUGCCAGGAUCAACCCCCGAUCACCAACUCAUUGCGCUUACUUUUACGGGAGGCUGGUACCGUCUGUCUCUACCCAAACUCACCGGGCACACCAAGCGCGCAUCUGGAUCAGUAUCACCUUCUGGCCUCGUGUCCAGCUCGCCUCCCAAAUCGUCUCAACUGUCUCGUGCUCACUCUGUGAGCGGAUCGUCGGUUACAAGUCGGGCAGACAAAGGGAAGGGCAAGGAGAAGGAGAAAGAACGCGAGAAGGACAGCAGGAACUGCACACUACAAGAAUAUCGUCGAUAUGGAAGGUGGGAUGGCUGGGGUUGA